AUGUGUCUCAAUCCUCUGACUGUCUCAAUGGCUGCGUAUGGUGGUGUUCUGCUGCUGUCUCUCCUGCUCUGCUCUGAUUGUGAUAAGAUUGUGAGAGAAGGAGCAGAUGACUGUGGUCUGAAGAUCCAGCACGUUCUCCCUGUAGAGGCCGGGGUCUACCACUGUGGGCAGUCCAACCCACCGCACAUCAGUUCUCUGCCUGUGUCUGUGGUCACGGUUACGGACGAAGUGAAACCGCUGGGUUCUAAGUUCCGGUGUGAGGCCGUCAGCUCUAGUAUUGUUGUCAGCAUGAGAUGGUUGCACCAAGGAAGAGAACUGAACCAAAGCGAUCCAAAGCUGAUGAUCAACAGCCACAGGAAGAAUACUGCGCUCUGGGUCCCGAGAGACCAUCCCCUUUAUCGAGAUAAGAAUCAGCUCGAAUGUGAAGUGGUGCAGGGAGAAGAGAUCCAUGUCUUUAGCCUCAUCCAAAAGACCCCAGAACCUUCGGGCCUGUUCACCGAUGACACCACACACUUUGAUAUGAAUGUGCGAUAUGUGGUGGUCUGCUUUCUCCUGAUCGCUCUGCUGCUCUGCCUCAGUGUGACCCUCGUCUGGACUCACUCCUCAGGGUGCAGAUUUCUGAGGGGCCAGAACAACGAAGAGGUUUAUUAUGAAAACAUCAGAGAAUCUUCAAGACUCCACAGACGCAUGGCACAGUGA